AUGAAGCAAGGGGCUGAGGCAAAAGUUGGACGCUCAGAUCAGGGACGCCUCUAUUACAAGUGCAAGCAAUCUGAUAAGUGCAAGUUCGAUGUGCGUGCAUCUUGUCACGGCGGAGGGAUGUGGGGAGUGCAUAAGUUUAAAGAGCACUCUUGCCAAGGGGAAUUGGGCAUUUUGAAACGAAUAAAGGUACACUCGAAUGUGGUUGCAGCUUAUGUGGAAAAAAGAAUACGUGAUGAUGGAGAGGUCAUUAAGCCGAAAUCUAUUAUGGCGGAGUUGUUACAUGAAUUUGGAGUCAGAAUCAAAUAUGAUGUCGCGCUGCGUGCAAGAAAUCUUAGCUUAGAGAAGAUAUACGGUCGAAUUGAUGAUUCGUUCCUUCUUCUGCCAAAAUAUUUGUAUGCCCUAAGGCAAGCGAAUCCAGGCACCUUGACGGGUUUGGAAGUAGACGAAAACAACUGGUUCAAACAUCUGUUUGUUGCUCUUGCGGCUUCCACCUCACCUUUCUUCUUUUCUCUUCGACCAGUGAUUGUGCUCGACGGUACACACUUGAAGGGGAAGAACAAUGGUAUUUUGUUCGUCGCCGUGACAAAAGACGGAAACGAGCAAGUUUUUCCGUUGGCAUUCGGUGUCGGGCCGAUCGAGAAUGAUGAGUCAUGGAAGUGGUUCCUGUCACAUGUGAGACAAACUUUCGGGCAGCCCGACAACUUACUAGUUGUCUCUGAUGCGCAUGUCUCCAUUGCAAAUGCUGUGAAGAGCGAGUUACCAAAUGCUACUCAUGGUCUUUGUUACUACUACUUGCAGAACAAAAUUAAGGGCUACGGGCAAGCUGUUGUUGAGCUUUUCCGCCAGGCUGCAUACGCCUACGAGGACUCUGAAUUUUCACGUGCAAUGUCGGCUAUGGCUCAAUUGAAGCCAGCGGCGUACGGGAAGUUGAUGCGCACGCCUGCCUAUAUGCUCCAUGUUGCGAGCGGCUAUGGUUUACUGGCGGGUAUUGUAUGA